GGGGAGCGGCAGUGUCUUCCGCAGCUCUCUGCGGGGACCCCGGCCCCGGCGCACCGUUACCGCGCCCGAGGGGGGGGUGCCGGGCGGGCGAGGCGCUCAGGGGGGAAGCGGCCGCACCGAGAGCAGCCUUAAUACAUUGCUAUUUCUGGCCGGGCGGCCAGAGCCGGGCAGGGGGCCGGCUCUGCCUCCCCCUCCCUCCAAUGGCGAGGCCGCCCCCGGCCCCUCCUCGCCGUGACGUGCCGGCCCGGGGCAGAGGAGGCUCCCGAGCCCUUGGCUGUCCCUGCAGAAGCUGUAACAAAACGCAGACCCCCAGCGCCGGGCUAAUGGAGGCAACUUAGACAGGAGCAGGCGCGGCCCCUCGUCUCUCGGCGCUGCCUGCUCCCCCCAGCACCGGGAGCGGCGCUCCCCGCCGAGCCACCGCCCGGGCGCCGCUGGGCUCGCGGGACUGCCUGGCUGCUUGUGCUGCCCCAAUGAUGUUACCGAGCCCCGUCACCUCCACCCCCUUCUCUGUCAAAGAUAUCCUCAACCUGGAGCAGCAGCAGGACCCGCACUAUGGGGCCCAGCUCCCGCACCACCUGGAGCACCACUUCCACCCCGCCGCCUGCCUGCUGGCGGCCGCCGACGGCGCCCGCUUCUCCGACGGCGAGGAGGAAGAGGAGGAGGAGAAGCUGUCCUACCUGAGUUCCAUGGCAGCUCCCGGCAGCCAGACGGACGCGCGGAUCUCCGCCGAUAACUACGUGCACGCCGUGCUGCGCGGCUCCUGCGAGGGCCCCGGCCCAGGAGACGAGCUGGACCCCGCGGCCCGCACCCCAAAGAGCUGCGUCCUGAAGAAGCCGCUGGAUGCAGCGGAGAAAGCGGAGGAGGCGGAGAGGCCGAAGCAGCGGAGCCGAAGGAAGCCGCGCGUCCUCUUCUCCCAGGCUCAGGUCUUCGAGCUGGAGCGGCGGUUCAAGCAGCAGCGUUACCUGUCGGCACCCGAGCGGGAGCACCUGGCCAGCAGCCUUAAGCUCACUUCCACACAGGUGAAGAUCUGGUUCCAGAACCGGCGCUACAAGUGCAAGCGGCAGCGGCAGGACAAGUCGCUGGAGUUGGGCGGCCCCACGGCCCCGCCGCCGCCGCGGAGGGUGGCCGUGCCCGUGCUGGUCCGCGACGGCAAACCGUGCCUCGGCGGGUCGCAGGGCUACAGCUCGGCAUACAACGGGCCCUACUCCUACAACGGCUUCCCCGCCUACGGCUACGGCAACGCCGCUUCCUACAACUCCGGCUACGGCUGCACCUACCCGGCGGGCACCGGCGGCGCUUCCAUGCAAGCCACCUGCAGCCCGGCGGCGGCCGCCGGGCCCUUCGUGAACGUGGGCAGCCUGGGGGGCUUCGGCGGUGGCGGCCAGCCGCUGCACCAGGCGGCGGCGGGGCCCUCCUGCAGCCAGGGCGCACUGCAGGGCAUCCGGGCCUGGUAGCCCGCACGCACUGAGGGCCGGGACCGGACCGGCAGGACGGCCCAGCGGCUCCAGGGCCCCGUUAUCAUCCGCACCGCAGCCCGGCUGGUUGCCGCGCAAUGCGCGCCCUGGAACGGAGGCGGCGGCGGGACGGCGCGGCGAGGACCCCGGCACUCCCGCGGGUCGCGGUGCGGGACAGGCAGCGCGCGGAGCGGCGCGGCAGGACGGGGCUGCCCGAGCUCGCAGCGAAGAGCCGCCGACCCGCGGAGCCGCCGCGACGGCCGGGCGGACAGGGGCCGAUCGCGCCGCGCCCGCGGAGCAGCUUUGCUUGUAAAAAGCCGACGGCGGGGCCCGGGGGUGCCGCGGCCCCUCUAUCUACUCUGUAUCGGUUACUGCCAGCGCCAGCUCGCCGAGUCAGUCAAUAAACCAGGUGCAAUAUC